GGAAAGUAUUGUAUCCCUGUACUAUAUAGGCCCCGCGAGCCAUGGCACGCAUGUCACCAGAAAUUGGAGAGAUCAGUCUUCUGGGAGAAUGUUCUCACCAUAGAAAGCACAACUCAUAGUUCAUACAGUUCCCAUUUGAAGAAAGUAAACAAAUAAUCUGACAAGUAAAGGCACAGAUACAGACUUCCAUUUAGAGAGAGAUUAAAAAUAACAGACACAGUCACGUUCGUUUCAAGGGGAGGUUCUUGGGAGAAAUGGAGCAAAAUUUACUAACGGAGAGACCGAAUGAAGAAGGAGGAGCUCAUCAAGAAAAAGAAAAUGGGAGUUUUGGAAUGGAGUCUCUGGGGAGGUGCUUGAGCGGCUUUGUUGAUGAAGGUAGCACAGAGAGCCACAGAUACUAUCUUUCCAGAAGAACGGUGCUUGAGAUGUUAAAAGAUAGAGGCUAUUCUGUUCCAAGUUCAGAGAUUGACAUUUCUUUGCAAGAUUUUAGAGGCGUUUAUGGUCAAAACCCUGAUAUUGAACUCCUCAAAUUUUCUGCCACCCAUAAAUCAGAUCCUUCAAAAAGGAUGCUGGUGAUUUUCUGUGGCCUUGGUGUGGUUAAAGUUAGCAUGAUUCGUCUCAUUACGGUUCAGAUUACCGACAGAGACAGUUUGACUGGUCUGAUAUUAGUCUUGCAAAACAACAUAACUAACCAAGCUAUGAAAGCUCUGGAUCUUUUCAAAUUCAAGAUUGAAAUAUUCCAGAUAACUGACUUGCUUGUUAAUAUCACAAAGCAUAUAUUAAAGCCAAAGCAUCAGGUGCUAAGUGAGCAAGCAAAACAAAGGCUAUUGAAGAAGUACAGUAUAGAAGAAAAGCAGCUUCCUCGACUGUUAAAGAAUGAUGCAAUUUCACGAUACUAUGGCCUCGAGAGGGGACAGGUGGUGAAGGUCACCUAUGAUGGUGAUAUUACCGGGUCACAUGUAACUUAUCGUUGUGUCUGGUGAUGUAAUGUGUUGUUCACAAUGUCUUACCGUGGAUGUUGUAGAAUCUGUUGUAUGUUAUGCCUGCUUGUGCUAUGGAUACUUUUCAAUGACAUUUUAUCAUUGGUACUGUGUAGCAACCUUAUCUUCUCUAUGAUCUUCUUCGUUCUUUCUG